CACAAACGCGACAAAGUUUAUAAUAGUUAAAUGUGUAAUAUUUUAGCAGAACAUGACAUCGCCGGACAGUAAGAUGUCGGAUCACUUGUUAAUGAAUCUGAUUUAUAAGCAUUUAAGAGAACACGGACAAGAGGAAGCGGCCAGCGUGUUGAGGAAACAUGCACCUCAGGUAGAAACUGCUCAUGCAAAAGAAUCGCUUGAUAAUAUAUUCAACAAAUGGAUAAGUAAAAAACAGAAGAAAAAGGAGGAAGGAAAAAAUUCUCAUAAGAUCAGCUCAAAACAUUCAGUAUCUAAAUCAAAAAGCACCAAAAAGAAUGCACGCAGUAGUGACUCUGCAGGAAAGACAAAGGGUAAAUCACAGAUAAGAGCUACAGCACAAAAGGAGAAAAAGAAACAAUCUGAGAUACAGAGCACAAAUGCUACAUCAGUGGAAAAACAAACAGAACGUAGCGUCAUUAGUCCAGCAACAGAAAAUGAUUCUGACUCUGAUUCCAGUCUGGAUGUGGAGAAAUGGAAGAGCCUAGCCGUAAAUUUAUCAGAUGCUGUAAUUGCAAAGAUGGAUGCCCUUUCAAACAUCAGCAGCUCUCCAGUAAAGUCCAAAAAAAGAGGAAGCUCAUCCAUAAAAGGCAAAGACCAAUCCACUGAGAAGUCAAAACCCUCAGCCAAGAAACCUGAAACUAAAACUGCCCUCAAUCCCUCACAAACAAACAAACUUUCUAAGUCAAAAUCCAAGAAAACUGCAAGCAACUCUACAGCUGAGACUCUAUCCAAGAGAACAAAAGAUACAGGGACCAAUACAAACCUAAACUCUGAGAUCCCUGAUUCUAAAACAGUCGUCAGUCUUUCAGAAGACGUCGUAACCCCUUCGACAGGUGUAGCUAAUAGCCUCCCAGAGAUUAACAACAUCAAAACUAAGAAGGUUAAACCCAAAAAAACAGAAAGCAUUUCAGACUUUGAAACUCUGACUAAAAGUGUUGUGUCCGAGAACACGGGCAGCCAUCCAGAACUCAAAACCACUGAGACUCCCAGAAGGAAAACAAAAUCUAAUGGCAUUCAAAAACCUCCUUUAGUGUUAGAUACCAUAAUGACUGCAACUCCACCUACAAAGAACAAAUCUAAACAGGUUACAAUUGUGGAGCCUGUAGGAAUAGAAACUCCUAGAGAAUCAGACAGUGAUGCUGUUAGUAGCCUGGUGACAUCUGAAUCUAGACAAACCAAGACAUCAUCAGAAAAGGUUAAAACCAAGAAAUCAAAAAACAAAGAAAUUAAAGAUUCCUCUGAAGAUGCUGGUACAUGUGUUGCCAAUAGUCAGUUAACAACUGGCAUUUCUACAGCAUUUGAGACCCCAUCUAAGAAAGUUAAAUCAAAGAAAUCUGAUAAAUCUGUAGAACAUAAAGGUGACACCGAUGUUCUUAGUAGCCACUCAAAACCUAAUCAGACUGAAACUCCAUUAAAUAAAUCAACAGCAAAAGAAUCUAAAAGUGUUGAUGAGCCUGGACUAGCUAACACACCAACUAAGAAAGUGAAGAAAAGCUGUUUGAAGUUAAAUGAGACUGAAACGCCAUCUAAGAAAAUGGAAAUUCAUGCAGGCAAUGCUCUUUUUGAAGGCGAUAAAGCAACUAUUAGUCUCUCUGAAGCAUUUAUCUCAGAGACUCCAUCUAAAAAGUCUAAAUCCAAGAAGUCUUCGAAGUCAGAUAAAGAGGAAACUGAAAUGGUUAGUGUAGAUACAGGAGAAAAUGUGGUUGCAAGCAAUGACCUCUCUGAUAAUUUGGAGUUCUCAUCAAAAAAGAGGAAAAGAAAAAGAUCUUGCAACCUAGAUCAAAUGCCUUCUUCACUAACGGAAUCUGAACAUGAUCAUUCAGAGAUGGACAACGGUCUUCAUGUGCCUGGCACCAUUACCCAAAACCAGGUUAGAUCAAAGGAUAAAGAACUUGAUAGAGAAAACGUAACCGUUUCAGGGGAGAAAGAAGAGGAAGCUUCUCCAGAACCUAAGAAGAGAAAGAAGGAUAAGAAAAAGAAAAAAGACAGGGAUGAACUUGUGGUUGAAGAGGUUCCACCUACACCACAGGAGCCAGAAGAACAAGCUAAUUCCCUGCCAAGCAGUCAGAAGAAAAAAAAAAAGAAAAAGAAACACAGAGAAGAGGAAAUAUCACCCAUGUGCACUCCAACUCCUGAAGAGUAUACUUCAAAAAAGAAAAAGAAGUCUUCAAAGGAGAAGAUACACAAUAGUGAUGUUGCUGAAUAGAGACUAAUUCAAAGUAAGUGCUGAGGAAAAAAACUGGAAUUUUACAGAUGAGUUUGGAAAUGGACAUAAGACUUAAUGAAAAAACAUUGUAAAUACAGUCUGUACUUUGUGUUUGUUUUGUUCUGUUUGUAUGUUCCAACUAAAAAAAAAAAAGUGUUUUUAAGGAAGGCCAAAAUAUCUUAAUUUUUAUAUUUUAAUAUCUAAAAACUAAGCUCAGUCAUCAUUUAUGGUUUCUUUUAAGUUAUUUUUUAUGUAUGUUUUUUAAUCUGUGAGAAGAAUUAAUCAGGCCAUGUAUAGAAGCGACUGCUUAGAACAUGUGAAAAUCAAAAGACUUCUUUAAUGAUCUUGUUUUUUACCUCAAUUGUAAACAACAAAAUGAAUGUAUUCCUAAAACUUUUUAGUAAACAUAUGUACACAUUUCCUAAACUCAGUGUCUUGAAUUGAUUUUAAUUUGUACUUGGAGUGGGUUGAUUUUUAAUUUCAUUGUAUUUUUAUUGGGAUAGUCAUGCAAAUACAUGGUUUAAUGCACAGGAGAAUUGUACAGUUAGGAAUGAAUAAAUUGUGGGUGUAAUAGGUGCAGGUAACAUAGGUGAGCUUGGUUUAAUAAGAGGAAAUGUCAAUCAUCAAUGUCAAUGACAACUAAGGUUAAGAAUAGCCCAAUUCAUUAGCAACAUAGCUGCUUUAAUAAAAAAAAAAUACAAGUACAUUUAGUUAAAUAAAUGAUGUAUUUCAGGGUAGCAGGAUUGUUUGUUAUUUUUACCAUGUCACAAUUAUGUGUUUGACAUUAAAACAAUCUUGUGUAAUGAGUAA